AGCUGUUACUAUUGCAUCUACUUGGAAAAAGAGACUGGUGUUUGCGGAGCACAACGUUCAGUGCUCAAGAAUCGUCACCAUAGGCCUAUAGCGACCAAGCGGCGAAUAGUCUGGGAUUCAUAGUUUUAAUCGAAUUUGGUAUUUUGUCACAACUAAGUUUAUAGACAGUUCUUCUCUUUUCCAGAGCAACAAAUGGCAGAUAUACGUAAGAAACUUGUCGUGGUUGGCGACGGCGCGUGUGGAAAAACCUGCUUACUUAUUGUCUUUAGCAAAGACGAGUUUCCAGAGGUGUAUGUGCCAACUGUGUUUGAGAACUAUGUGGCGGACAUUGAAGUGGACACUAAGCAAGUGCAACUAGCAUUGUGGGACACGGCUGGCCAGGAGGACUAUGACCGCCUUCGCCCACUGUCUUAUCCGGACACUGAUGUCAUUUUGAUGUGCUUCUCUGUGGAUAGCCCAGAUUCACUUGAAAAUAUUCCUGAGAAAUGGGUACCAGAGGUUAAACACUUUUGUCCAAAUGUGCCCAUUAUUCUUGUAGCGAACAAAAGGGAUUUGCGUAACGAUGAGAAUGUCAGAAACGAGUUGUCCAGAAUGAAGCAAGAACCUGUAAAAACCGAGGACGGGCGAGCCAUGGCCAUGCGCAUUGGCGCCUAUGACUAUUUGGAGUGCUCUGCGAAAACUAAGGACGGUAUACGGGAAGUGUUUGAGACUGCGACACGCGCUGCUUUACAGAAGAGAUCCAGCCCAUCCACAGGUUGUGCCAAUUGCUGUCUGUUGUUAUGAAUAAACAGAUGACCACUGUAGACUACUCCGUUAACACCACUAAUAUCGGUUGUCUUUCCCUGAGAAUCAUCAUUAAAGAACGGUGGAUCCAUAGCAUGGACCUAUUCGCCAAUUCAGUUGACCUAGAUUGAGUCUGCCAAGUCCACCAUUAAUUCUAGUUAGAGGUCCUAUGCCAAAUAAGUUCGUUCUAAUGCGAGGGUAUCCUACAUGUUUACUAAAGAAUGCUGCUUCAGAGGGCUUGCACAGGUCCUAAUUGGCACACGGCAUUUGAUGGACAUAAUGGAAUUGUGAUGGUAACACAAACGAGUGGUUUCAAGGACAAAAACAAUCGCAUAUUCAUUACUACAGACUACUUAAUCUACCAGUGUUGUCAAGUUUUAUUUAUAUGACAGACUCAAGCUUACAAGCCAAGUUUUAUUGCACAACGAAAGGGUUGUAGCCUAUCUUUCAUUAGAAGUUCUGUAUCUGAAUACUUUUACCAUAGGUUUAUUUGUUUUGGUCAAGCUGCUUUCACGAAGACUUCCUCCAAAAGGCUGUGCAUUCUGCCUCCUGUUUGGUUUGUGUCAGUAUUUCAUAGGCACUUGACUGUAUCAGGUCAGGGAAUAUGUAUAGCAGCUCCAAUGUGUACUUCACAUACUGUAUUGUGAAAGUCAUAUGACACAAAAAGUGCAAUAUUUGUAUGUCCUCAAGAAUUUGCUAGUUGAAAAAAUAUAUAAAUUAUUUUGUGCUUUUAAAAAGAUACUAUGAUUUUAUUACAGCCUGUUUAGUCACAUUUAAUGCCUUGAUGAUCCCAAAAGUGGAAUUACGUAAACAUGUUUUAAGUAAAGUCCUGAUAGCAUCAAUGAAACCACCAUAUUUACUGUAUUCUACUUACCACAGGAUCUUACAACUUGGUUUCUAAAUAAAAUUCUGAAUAACCUGA